AUCCAGCUCGGAGGCAACGCGGCGCACAACCCCAGCUGGCCAUAUUGUGCACCAGCUCCUCGCAAACCGCCUGCGUCACACCUGAAAAAAAACACACACACACACACACAGAGCAGCGCAGGAACAAUAGAGUCAACCCAUCAAGACGAGUGCACAGAUUCAAAACGCGACUCGACUGAGCUGGUUGGCGUCUCUUCGUGCUGGGAAAAUGGUUAAACUGGGGAAUAAUUUCAGCGAGAAAAAUAACGGGAAGGUGGUUUCUGAAGACGGAUUUGACACCAUCCCUCUCAUAACACCAUUAGAUGCCAGUCAGCUGCAGUUCCCCCCACCAGACAAGGUGGUGGUGAAAACAAAGGCAGAUUAUGACGGCGAGGGCAAGAAGGGAAAGCUACGAUCUCCCAAAAUCGCAGAGUUCUCCAUAAGCAUCAUCGAAGGCGUAUCUGAGCGACUCAAAGUGACCUUGCUGGUGAUCUGUGCCCUGGCUUUCCUGGUGUGUGUGGUGUUCUUGGUCGUCUACAAGGUCUACCAGUACGAGCAGCCCUGUCCUGACAGCUUCGUAUACACGCAAGGGCGCUGUAUGCCGGCCGGGCUGUACGGCAACUACCCCCCUCAGGGCCCUGGGGGCCGCGGACACCUCUUUACCCUCAUCAACCGCUACAACAUGGCCAAGCAGACCAUCACUCGGUCAGUAUCUCCGUGGAUGACCAUCAUGUCUGAGGAGAAGGUCACCCAGCAGGAGACGGAGACUGCCCAGAAACUGGCUUAACCGACCCGGGAUCGGGAGGUGGCUGCCCCUGCUGCAGAAAGAUAAAUAAUAUGGUUGUGCCAUUCAAGCAAACCUCAGAGUCCCGUGACUUUCUGUGGGUGAAACUUCUCUUGCCCGAGGUGCUAAUGCUGCCUUGUUGAUAUCAUUUUGGCCAGCUGAUGAGCACCACAGCAGGAAAUCUGUGGAAAUCUUCAACAUUUUUCAAGUAAAGUGAGGUUUACAGUUGGGUGGAUUCACGGUUUGUUUGAAUAGCAUAUGUUGUUAUUUAUUUACACUUUAAAACAGAGUGGUCAUCGUUGUGUAGGAAAGGCCACAGACACACGAACACCGAUACACACACUCACACUCACCGUCUUUGUACAUACACAUAUGUAACAGAACUCACAAUAGUACUCAGAUUGUGAAAUGACUGUGAACCAUCUCGUGUCUGCGUCGCUUGGUUUAACUCACAUGCACGCACGACUCCAAUAACAAUCAGUUGGCUUUGAUUCGUCUUUUCCCGAUACAUGAAGUAGUCCUGAUGGAGCGGGCCAGACCCCUCGAAGGUCAGGCAGGUGGUACAUUUCUCACUAAGUUUGCAGCAUAUAUUGCCAUUGAUGCCAUCUGUGUGAAAAAUAUUUUACUUUUCAUGAUAUUGUGAAAAAUUGAGGCUUGACUUGAUAAAACGUACCAGCGAAAAGAAAAAAAAAUGUUUUAAAUCGUGUUGUUUUGAGUCGGCCCACACUGCUCUCUGAAUAUAGUCCUGUUAAAGGGUUUUUAGUAUUUAAGUCAUCGGAUCUUUUUAACAGACGUUGAUUGUUUCCACUCAUUUGAACUCUUGGUGAACACCAUGUGCUUUUCUUUGCUGACACGAGACUGAUUUACUAUUUUCUUUUCAUAGCAUACAUUUUAUGCUAUCGUACUGAAUGUUUUUUGCAUUGCUAGUGAAGCCACUGUAUUGUGCAAUGCUUCGCAUUGAUUAACGUCACUAUCGGCGGCUGUUUUCAACCGUCACAGAUGCUAGAGUUAGGUUGGUGUAGUGAAACAAUCUGACAGUAGUUGCUUGUCUCGUUGCUUUUUUCCGUGUUCGUCAUUUAACUGAACCUGUCACAAAUUAUGUACCUUUUCAAACGAUGUAAUGAUUACCAUUGAAGUGCAUUUGCUACAUAAAAAUGUAAAAUGAAAAUUGAAAUAAAGUGCCCACAUUUCA